CGGAAGGUGUUCCAGGAAGAUGGCGACCCUGAAGGUGAAGCAGGACUUACCGCCUCCGGGGGGCUAUGGGCCUGUGGAUUAUAAGAGAAACCUCCCCCGGAGAGGACUGUCAGGUUAUAGCAUGUUUGGGAUUGGAAUUGGGGUUUUAAUCUUUGGAUACUGGAGGCUGUUCAAGUGGAACAGGGAGAGAAGACGCCUGCAAAUCGAAGAUCUGGAAGCCCGUAUCGCAUUGCUACCUCUAUUGUAUGCUGAACAGGAUAGAAGGACUCUGCGUCUAUUAAGGGAGAAUCUUGAGGAAGAGGCUAAAAUUAUGAAGGAUGUUCCAGGCUGGAAGGUUGGCGAGAGUGUUUACAACUCUGAUCGCUGGACCACACCGACAGUGGAGGAACUGUUUAACUUACGACCGGAGGAAGAAUACCUCAGAGCGAAGUACGGGUUCCAGUGGUACGUGUGAGUGCCCUGUGAGAACUUUGACCGAGGAUUUGAUCUUUGGCUCCUUAAAGAAGCCCUUCAGAAGAACUGUGUCCCGAAGUGUGAUAUUAUUAAAACUGACUUAUGUAUAUUGGAA